AUGUUCAACCUCACAACAUUGAUCAGCAAGAUGUUUGCUCGCGCAUGCACCAGACAGCCCAACCGACACAUCAAGGCUCGACAAGACAAAGAGCAGCACAACGAGCCACGAAAAAUGAACGCCAUGCAUGCCAUGAACAAAUUGAUGCUCACGCAAGCACGACUCCUCAACUUGAGACACUCAGGCCGGUACGAAGACUGGCUAGGGGGUGGACGGGUCUGGAAGCUCGAACAAGAACUCAUCUUUGUGGACCUCGCCUUCGACAACUGCCUUCACGUCCUCCAACAAUCGCUCAGACUUGAACAUCCAUGCCUGGAAGAAAUGGUAGCGGUAUGCAACGACUUACCGGACGAGAUUUCGGUGGUGCUUGAACUUCUCGAAGAAGCUGAUCAGAUCGGAAAACAGCUGUCGGAUAAAGUUAUUCUGCGGGUCUCGCAGGCGGUGGUGGAACUCGAGCAUGUGAGUGGAGUGAUGAGAGAUACGCGCGAUACUCUCAGCAAGGUACAAGAACAGCGACAAAGAGAGAAACGGGAGGUUUCAUUGGAUGAUAAGGUAUGGUGGAUAUAG